UAUAAAAAAACACCCUCAUCGAACAACCACCUUCAUCACAUCAAUGGAAGCAUCUUCCUUAAUUUAUGCAGUUGUGGGGCUAGCCACGGUGGUACUCCUUCACCUUGCUUGCCAACUCCGCCGUCCCACCAAACCCAACCUCCCUCCCGGCCCCAAUCCCUGGCCCAUCAUCGGAAACCUCAACCUCAUGGGAUCACUUCCUCACCGUUCCAUCCAUGAACUCACUCAUAAAUACGGCGACAUCAUGCACCUCAAAUUCGGUUCCUUUCACGUCGUCGUGGCCUCCUCCGCUGAGAUGGCUAAAGUCUUCCUGAAAACGAUGGACUCUAACUUCAUCUGCCGCCCCAAAAUGGCCGCCGGGAAAUACACCACCUAUAAUUACUCCGACAUCGUCUGGUCACCGUACGGUUCCUACUGGCAGCAAGCCCGUAAACUGUGUAUCGUGGAGCUGUUCAGUGCAAAAAGGUUGGAUUCGUUCGAGUACAUUCGAGUGGAGGAGAUGAAGUCGCUUUUGAAGGUGGUGCACAAGUCGUCAGGCGAGUCCAUUGUCUUGAAAGAUUUGUUGUGGACGGUGAGUUUCAAUAUAAUCAGUCGGAUGGCGUUGGGAAAGCGUUAUUUGGAAGAAUCGGUGGCCGGAAACUUGACCAUGAGCAGCAAACAAGUUAAAACGAUGUUCGAAGAAAUGUUCUUGUUGAACGGAGUGCUUAACAUUGGGGAUUGGAUACCAUGGAUUGCUUUCAUGGACCUUCAAGGAUACGUGAAAAGGAUGAAAACAGUUAGCAAGAACUUCGACGGAUUUCUCGAACACGUUUUAAACGAGCACGAUGCAUGCAGGAAGGCUGAGCCGCCGGAGACUUUUGUUCCGGCAGACAUGGUUGAUUUGCUGUUGCAGAUUGCAGAUGAUCCGACACUCGAAGUUAAGCUUGAGCGACAUGGCAUCAAGGCGUUCACACUGGAUAUGCUUGCAGGUGGAACCGAAAGUUCAACGAUAAUAAUAGAAUGGGCGAUGGCAGAACUUCUAAAAAACCCGGAAAUACUUGAAAAGGCGAGAGAAGAGCUGGAUCGGGUUAUAGGUCGAGAAAGAUGGGUCGAAGAGAAGGACAUGUCAGACCUUCAUUACAUCAAGGCAAUCGUGAAGGAGACGAUGAGGUUGCAUCCGGUUGUCCCGCUAUUAGUUCCACGAAGAACACGCGAAGACUGUAAAGUAGCUGGUUAUGACAUUCCAAAAGAUACUAUAGUUUUCGUUAGCGUUUGGACAAUUGGACGAGAUCAAGAGUUGUGGGAUAAACCUUUGGAUUUUUUUCCUGAUAGAUUCAUUGAGAAUGACAUCGAUGUAAAAGGUUAUAACUCCGAGCUACUACCGUUUGGUGCAGGUAAAAUGACGAAGGAGGAGUUGCAGAUGAAAGAAGUAUUUGGGCUCUCGACACCUAAAGAGAUCCCACUUACUACCGUCGCUCACCCAAGGCUCGGAUUCAAAAUGUAUUCUUUGUGA